UCCCGUUCAUGCCAGGGCAGGCGGCUUCCUCUGCAGUCAGUACAUUUCCGUGGGGCAGAAGACAUCUAACUUGCUCCCUCAGGGCUGUUUCUGCACGCACUAUGGCCAACUUUGUGGAGCUCAGUACCAAGGCUAAAGUGCCCAUCUUGGGACUGGGCACCUGGAAAUCUGGCCUAGGAGAAGUCAGAGAGGCUGUGAAGGGGGCCAUUGACAUAGGAUAUCGCCACUUGGACUGUGCUUAUGUCUAUGAGAAUGAGCAUGAGGUGGGGGAAGCCAUCCAAGAGAAGAUCCAAGAGAAGGCUGUGAAGCGGGAGGAACUCUUCAUAGUGAGCAAGUUAUGGCCCACCUUCAUGGAGAAGCAUCUAGUGAGGGAAUCCUGUCAGAAGACCCUCAAGGAUCUGAGACUGGACUAUCUGGACCUCUACCUUAUUCACUUUCUGCAGGCAUUACAGCCUGGGGAGGACCUCAUUCCCAAAGACGAUAAAGGCGAUACCAUCAGCAGUAAAACAACAUUCUUGGACACCUGGGAGGCCGUGGAGGAGCUGGUGGACGAGGGGCUGGUGAAAAACAUUGGGAUCUCCAACUUCAACCACUUUCAGAUCGAGAGACUCUUGAACAAACCUGGACUGAAAUACAAACCAGUGAUCAACCAGGUUGAAUGUCACCCAUACCUCACGCAGGAGAAAUUGAUCCAGUACUGCCAGUCCAAGGGCAUCAGUGCCACAGCUUACAGCCCGCUAGGCUGUCCAAAUAGAUCUGGGGCCAAACCAGAGGACCCUUCUCUACUGGAGGAUCCCAAGAUUAAUGAGAUUGCUGCAAAGCACAAAAAAUCCGCAGCCCAGGCUUCAGUAUUGUGGUGCCUGGGUUUAGCUGCUCUGACGCAUGUGGGAUCUUCCCGGAACAGGGACCGAACCAGUAUUCCUGGCAUGGUUCUUAUCCGGUUCCAUAUCCAGAGGCAUGUGAUUGUAAUUCCCAAGUCUGUGACAUUCGCACGCAUCGCUGAGAACUUUCAGGUCUUUGACUUUAAAUUGAGUGAUGAGGAGAUGGCGACCCUACUCAGCCUCAACAGAGACUGGCGGUACUACCCCUUUCACUGGCUGAAAAGUCUGGAGGAGUAUCCCUUCUAUGCAGAAUAUUGAAGCUGAAUCUCUUAAUGCACAUUAUCCUUCUUCAUCUUACUGAAGUGUAAUUCUCUCCACCAGUGUCCUAUUGUAGCCAAGGUUGUCUGAAAUCACACCAAGCCUGCCCUGCUGAAGUCCAGGGGUUAGGCAGUUACUGUAUCUGGACUGGUUUGUUCAACCAAAGGAACAGAUUACAACUGGGAGAUUCAAGUUGGAUAAGCCAAUUACAUUUUUUUUUCCCUCACUUCUUCGAUCUGAUUAUGGGGACUCCACUAAACUUGAGGAUACAAUGACUGAAAAUAAUAAAGAAUAAUAAUAACCAA